CGUAAACUCCUAACAUGGAGAGUAGAUGAAAUCAGCUGAAACUAACUGACCAAUACUUUCGACUUGUAUCAUAUAGGCUGACACAGGAUGCAUUAAUAAUACUAUAGACAUAGAUUUCUAACCUUUAUUUUAGAAGAGUUGUUCCCAUAUAAACGGAUCUAUUAUAUGGAUGAAUGAAUAUGAAUAUGCUGUGUAGAUCUAUUCAAGAUAGAGUUAAUAUCCCAAUUACAUUUUGUGUGAUUAAAUGAAUAAAGCAAGAUGCCAUCUAUUAUAUGGAUGCCAGUUAUAUUUGCUCUUGCUAGCUAUGGACUGUUCAGUCUGUCACAGAACAUGCCAGAAGUAACCAAUAAAAAUGAAACAAUGAGUUUAAAAUUUCCAACCAAUCUAGAAGAAUUAACAAGUAUAGCCAGAAUCUUACAAGAAUAUAAAACACAACAUCUUACAUUUGUUUAUAUUUUAUUUUCAUCAGCUUAUUUAUAUAAACAAACAUUUGCUAUUCCUGGUUCCGUUUUUAUGAAUAUAUUAGGUGGUGCAUUGUUUGGAACAGUUAUUGGUUUUCCGUUAGUUUGUUUAUUAACAGCUAUUGGAGCUUCAUCUUGCUUUAUGCUAUCUAAAUUAUUUGGCAAGGCUACCAUCAUUAAAUAUUUUCCAGAAAAACUGAAAUAUUUUCAAACUAUGGUUAAAGAUAAUAUGGAGAGUUUAUUUUUCUUUCUACUGUUUCUACGAUUUUUUCCGAUGUCACCCAAUUGGUUUAUGAAUAUAGUCGCCCCGCUGCUCAAUAUACCAUUGUAUAUGUUUUUCUUCUCAGUUUUUAUAGGAUUAAUGCCGUAUAAUUUUAUAUGUAUUCAGACAGGAUGUAUGUUAUCUGAGUUAAAAUCAUUAGAUGAUAUGUUUACUAUGACUACAGCAAUCAAGUUAUUCCUAGUAGCAAGUGUAGCUCUAGUACCUGGUAUUAUUAUAAAUAGAUUGAAGAAGAAUAAAUUAAAACUUAAUUAACGCCUUCAACUCUCAAAGUCCCCACAUGCAUGAAUGAUAGAGAGACUUUUUGUUGUGCUAUUACUAUAAAUUUAGUGUAUGGAGUUUAGCAUGUUAAAAGUGCAUUAUUAUUGUUAUUAUUAUAAAGCGAAAUGGGGUUAAACAGCCACUCUGAACUAACAACGGUCAUUUUGCGACUAACUUGUAUAUUUAAUUUCAAUAAAUCGCUUGUGUCUGGUGAUCUUUAGAAGUGCAGAGUAGCCAGAGAAAUUCACGAUGUUUGGCAAGUCGAUUUUACUACAGGCCUGGGAUCAAAACUACAACACAACUCAAUGACAGAUCUUAUGAUCGAAAGUGCACACAUUAACUCAUGUCUGUACGAUUCUUAAAAAAAUUUAUAUUUUAGGCCAUAAAACAAAAUUGUUAGUAUAUCGCAGUUAGGGUAAAUUAUUAUUGUGGAAAGACAUGGUAAUUAUGAAAGACAGUUACUAUUAAGUCAGCUAACCGGAUGUUCCGUUUGGUGAAACAAAAACAUUGUAUUUUUUUUAAAGGAUUGUCUGAGAACUAUAAUUUUAUUUCUGUGUUCUUAUAUUCUGAAAACAUGUCUGAUUAAUGCAAUUAAUUAUAUACAUUUGUGUUCAUUUAGUUUAUGAUUCAGAAAUGUCAUAGAAUUGUCCAAUACAACUCUAAAUUUGAAAUUUUAGAGGAGUUAAAGGGUUUAUUAAUGUAAAAUAUUUAAGUAAAUCAUAAAUGUUUUUUGUUUAGCUAAUGUUUAUAAAACCACAAAGGAUAUUUUUAUACGCCCACAUAUAAAACAUUUAUCUAAUGUUUAUAAAACCAUAAAGGAUAUUUUUUGUUCAGAUAAUUUUUUUAAAACCAUAAAGGAUAUUUUUUUUUUAUGUCAGAUACAUCAAUAUAUUCCACAAAUUCACGUUUUUUAGAAUUUGUUUGAUUUAAAUUUAUUUGGGUAAUUUUCAAAAUAAUUUUAAAAAAUUGGAAUUUUAUUACAGAUUUCAUCCUAGAAACCACAUAAUAACACAUAAAACCACAUAAUAACACAUAACACAUAAUAACACAUAAUAACACAUAUUCUUAUAAGUAUUUAGUCGCAGCAGUUAGGGAUUACUGUACACUUCCAGCAUGUUUGAUUUUGCAGACUAGAAUAAGUAAUUAUUUAUAUAUACGCCCUAAUAUACCCAGCAGUAGUGGACGGAGUGACAGACAAGUUGUCACCCCCACCUGCCAAUCCACCUACAAUUGCUUGUGAAGGAAUAAGAGUCCAUAUUUUUAAUCUGAUUUUAAUGAAACUUGAUGAUGUGACUUUAUAUCCAUAAGAUCUAUGAACAAGAUUCCGUCAGUUAUGUUUCGUUGUGAAAAAAGAUUGUGAACAUAUUUAAAUCUGUAUUAUUCAUUCGAUUUUAAUGAAUCUUGACAUUUUGCUUUUCAUCUCAUGAGAUCUCCGAAAAUUUCUAAUUUUAACAAAAUUUUAUCCUUCAAUUAGUAGAAAUUGAUCAGAAUUAGAUUAUGAACAUUUACCAGUAUUCAAAUAAUUGGUUUUAGUAUGGCAAGCUAACACCCCAAACUAGUCAUUAUACAGCUGUUAGUGUCAUAAUUAAACUUCUUGGCUAUUAAAUUUAUCAAUCUUUUUUUUAUUUCAUCAGUGAAACCACAUUUAUAUUAUUUAUGUUACAACAUUAUUUAUUGAUUUAAUGAUUAUAAUAACCACAUUUUCUUGGUAAUAUCAGUAUUGGUCUGUUAUUUAUUUAUGAAUGUCUGAAAUCUUACAUGAACCACAGGGUAAGAGUCACCUUCGAGAUAAAUUCUACUCUAAAUUUAAACUUCUGAGCAAUGGCCAUAUGAAUUUGAAUUUUAGUUCUUUGGGGAAUGGAAAUGCCUUUUAAAAAUUUGCUUCAUAUUUCUUGGGGAAAAAACAAAUUUAAAAACCCAAAGUACUUGAUUACUGAGUUUCAUACUAAGCGACGUUUUCGUAUUUAUCAAGCUUAGUAUUAAACUCAGUAAUUGUGUAUUCAUAAAAUUGUACCUUGUGUUAAUAUGUUCAGUUACUAAAUGCCAAUCAAAAAAGUAAGUUGAUUCCUCUUCUCAAAAGCAUUUAGUUACAGAUUUUAAAGAUACAUUAUGGGAGAUUAGAUAAAAAGCUGACAGUUCUCAUGAUUAAAUUAUGAAUGGAAGUUGAACAGCAAAUCAGAACCUAAUCCAAUAAACAUCGCAGGCUAGCAAUGAUGACAUCGAGAGUUGAUUAUGGUCUGGAUAAGUUAAUUAAUGUCUAAUUAAUAAUUUAGAUAACAUUUCAGGCCUAAAGAAAGAUCUGCCAUAGGCAGAUUUAGCUCUUGCAUAAUGUAUGUUUAAGCAUUGGUAGCUACAUGUAUUUAUUUAUCAAGAUUCAAGACCCUGAACCUCUGAUGAACUAGGGUUAGGCCUUAUCACUGGAAAUUAUGACACCAAACCAAGUUACUCAAAAUCAAUCAUUGUACCAUAGAUUUGACUUUGUGAUGAUUGCAGAGAAAAUUCUAGAUUUUCUGUGAAAUUGUUGUAUGUGUAAGUACAUGUAUAAAAGAUCUCUUCUUUGAUUACCUCUUUCAGUAGACGUAUAUUAAUCAUAAAAAGCUUCAACCAGUUACUCACAAUAUUUAUAAACAGGCUUUUAGUCAAAUUUUAAUAAUAUGAACCACAUAAUAUUGUUAUUUUUGUUUGUUAUAUUUUGUUACUUUUAAGAAUAAAUUCAGCAGUAACGAUCA